CAAAGCGGACCUUACUUACAAAACUCUAAAUUAGGUUGGUUUAUUUCAGGCCGCAUUGACAACACGAACCUAUCGAAUAAGCAACAGGUUCAUUGUCAUUUUACAUCUACGAUAGAUAACGAUUCGUUAGAUUUGCAAAUGAGAAAGUUUUGGGAAAUUGAAGAAGUCCCUAUAACAAAAAAGCUCACCGCAGAUGAGCUAAAAUGCGAAGAGUUAUUUUGUACCACGACUACUCGCGACGAAACAGGUAGGUUCUGCGUUAGGAUUCCCCUGAAAGAAUCAGCUGACGCGCUCGGUGACUCAUACAGCACGGCGCGCAGCAGGUUCAUGUCGCUCGAGCGUAAACUACAACGUUCGCCCGAGUAUAAACAAAUGUACUGCGAUUUCAUGAAUGAAUAUGAGUCGUUAGGUCACAUGACACGUAUAGGUAUAGAUAAACCCGAAUUACCUAACUAUACUUUAUCGCACCACGGGGUAUUUAAAGAGAGUAGCUCCACAACUCGUUUACGUGUAGUUUUUAAUGCCUCGGUGCCCACAAAAUCCUCAAAAUCGCUUAAUGACAUUCAGUAUUCAGGUCCAGCGUUACAAAACGAUAUCUUUUCUAUAUUAUUGCGAUUUCGUCAGUAUAAAUACGUCGUCUGUGCUGAUAUCGAGAAAAUGUAUAGACAGGUUCUCAUUCAACCUGAUCAAAGGUCAUUGCAGCUAAUUGUCUGGCGCGACUCGCCGGAGGAUCCCCUAGGAGUCUAUCAUUUGAACACCGUGACUUAUGGGACGGCCUCAGCGGCCUAUCUGAGUAUGCGCUGUUUACGUCAGUUAGCGUCGGAAUGCGGUGAUGACGUCAUCGCUCGCGUCAUCAAUGAAGACUUUCUGGUAGACGAUUUAAUUACCGGGUGUGAUGAUUAUCAACAGCUACAUAGUAUUUGCGAAAAAACGUAUCAAGUAUUAGAAGCUGCCGGAUUCAUACUUAGAAAAUGGACGUUUAAUUCAAAAUUUUCAGAAAAUAGUUCAACUGAAAUGUUUAUGGGAGAACAUACUCAGAGUAAAACGCUAGGGUUAGGUUGGCUAAACACGACAGAUGAACUGCACUUCACAACAAAGGUUGAGAAUGCACCUAGGUUGACUAAACGAGUCAUGUUAUCGAUUAUAUCACAGAUUUAUGACCCAUUAGGUUUAUUAGCGCCAGCAGUAAUUAUUUCCAAAAUUCUCAUUCAGAAAUUGUGGCUUUGUAAGAUAGAUUGGGAAGAUGCCGUACCAGAUAGCAUAGUUAAAACUUGGAACAGUUUCAUACAGACGUUGAGUACUUUAGUAGAAUUGAGAGUUCCUCGUUAUGUAAGGAGUGAGCACACUCAACACACGGAACUGCAUAUUUUUUCCGAUGCAUCUCAAGAUGCAUACGGCUCUUGUGCUUACAUUAGAAGCUACGAUGACCUAUCCGAAGUUACAGUGAAGCUACUCUGUGCUAAAAGUAAGGUAGCUCCCUUAAAAGGUUUAAGUAUACCACGAUUAGAGUUAUGCGGGGCGUUCGUAGGUGCGAGAUUAUGUCAUAAAAUUGUAAACGUUCUAAGGUUGAAAUUCGACCGCAUUUAUUGUUGGACCGAUUCUACUAUCGUAAUUGGUUGGUUGCGAAUGUCUCCACACUUAUUAAAACAAUUCGUACAAAAUAGGGUGAAUGAAAUAAAUGAGCUUACUGGAGAUCUGACCUGGUUACAUGUGAAUGGACUACAGAAUCCCGCAGACUUAUUGAGUAGAGGUCUAAAUCUAAGCGAGCUUAGUCAGUCUAGUAGGUGGUGGCAUGGUCCCUUAUUUUUAAAGGAAAAUAAUUUAAAUUUCAGCCAACACUUGCCUAAUGAGCUUCCUGAGUUACCAGAAUUGAAAACGCAAACUACGUCAUUAAUUUGUACAGUAGAUAAUGUGUUUGACUUUGAAAGAUAUUCAACUUUGAAUCGAAUGAAACGUGUUGUAGCAUAUGUACUUAGAUUUAUUAGCAACACUCGGCCGCAGCGCGGACAAAAGACGACCGGCCCGUUAUCAGUAGAUGAGAUAACGGCGGCUGAGCGCGCGCUAAUUAUUAUUGCUCAAAAACAGAUGUUUCCGGAAGAAUAUCAUAACUUAGAAAACAAGUUACCUAUUUCAAAUAAAAAAGGUUGUUCUAUAACGGGACUUAACGUAUUUUUAGAUAAGUUUAAGAUAAUUAGAGUAGGCGGCAGAUUGUCGAAUGCCACUGAAUUCGAUUAUAAUAAAAAGCAUCCAGUAUUAUUGUGUAGUAAACAUCGGUUUACGCUUCUGUUAGUGAGAGACGAACAUAUACGUUUACUUCAUGCGGGGCCUCAGCUGUUGCUAGCGACCGUGCGUGAGUGCUACUGGCCGCUCGGGGGUAGGAACCUGGCGAGGCAGGUGGUGCGGCGAUGCGUCAUAUGCUCUCGUCUGAAAGGUAACACGUUGACUCCCAUCAUGGGAGACCUACCUUCUGAACGUCUUCACCCGGGUUAUCCGUUUAUGUACUGUGGUGUUGAUUACGCAGGGCCAGUAUCAAUAUUAAACCGUAAGGGCCGCGGCGGGUCUCUGGUAAAAGGUUACAUUUGUCUGUUCGUGUGCUUUGUAACUCGUGCCAUCCACUUGGAGUUAGUCAGUGGUCUCUCAACUAAAGACUAUAUUUUAGCGCUGAAAAGGUUCUAUAGUCGCAGAGGUAAACCAAAAUCUAUCUUUUCCGAUAAUGCGGGAAAUUUUACUGGUGUAGAAAAAGAGAUUUCUUUAGCUAUAAAAAAUAAUUCUCAAGAAAUUAUUGAUUUUGCAGCAAAUGAACAAAUUCAAUUUAGAUUUAUUGUCCCACGUAGUCCUCAUAGCGGGGGUUUAUGGGAAUCAGGAGUCAAAUCGUGUAAGCAUCACCUUCGUAGAAUAACCGGUGAUUCUAAGUUGACCUUCGAAGAAUUUACGACAGUAUUGUCAUUAAUAGAAGCAGUAUUAAAUAGUCGUCCACUAUCCCCACUGUCCGCUGAUCCUAAUGACCUUCUCCCCCUUACCCCAGCCCAUUUCCUCAUAGGAAGGCCUCUGACCGCACCUGCCAGCGCUGACCUGACGGGCGCUGCCCCUCACCGCCUGCUACGCUACGACCGAGUCGAGCAGAUGCGACAGCAUUUCUGGAGACGCUGGAGCAAGGAGUACGUCUCAGAGCUUCAGAUCCGCAGCAAAUGGAAGACGAGGGAACAGGACCUGCAGACCGACAUGAUGGUACUGAUCAAGGAGGACAAUACCCCUCCCCUGAGAUGGCGGCUGGGGCGAAUAGUGCGAACCUACCCAGGCAAGGACGGCGUCUCUCGCGUAGCCGACAUACGGACGGCGCGCGGGAUCAUUCAGAGGACGUUCGCCAAGAUCUGUCCACUUCCGAUGCAAGCUGAUGAAGACACCAGCGGUGGCGCAGACUCGACGACCUCAACCGUGACUCCGAGACAUGGCUGACUGAUAGAAAGCUGAUGCUUCCAAGGCCGGCGGGAUGUUCACGCUUUCACGCCAUCUAACGGAUGUGGCGAGAACUACAGGAGGCGCACGCGCACCACAGAUGCUUUGCCGUCUUUGACCGUCGUUCUAUCAUCUAGUUUGUUUCACAGCGCCAUCUAUUUUAUUGUAUUAGUUUGUAUAAUCAUUAUUGUAAUUCACUUGCCUUUGUGACACCAGCAAAUAAACAUUUAAAAAUUAA